GAGUUUGGGCGGGCAGCCGGUACUCAGUAGUCAGUACUCGCCACUGCUGAUUCCCAUCAACUUCAGUACUGGAUUGAUUUGAUUUCUACUUCCUCCUCCUCUGGAUUGAUCAAUGGCGGCGGUGAGCUUGGAAGGAGAGAAGGUGAUACUGGUACCUUACAUGGAAGCCCAUGUCCCCAGGUACCACGAAUGGAUGCAGGACCCGGCUCUGCUCCAAGCCACAGGAUCCGACCCGCUUUCCCUCGAAGAAGAGUACACUAUGCAGCUCUCCUGGACUCGAGACCCUCUCAAAAGGACUUUUAUUGUUCUGGACAAGGAUUUCCUCGAAGGAGGGUUUGUUCAUGGAGAUCCCCAUGUCGAAGCUAUGGUGGGCGAUGUAAAUAUAUAUAUGAACGACUUGGAUGAUCCACAAAUGGCUGAAGUCGAGAUUAUGAUAGCUGAACCGAAAAGCCGCGGCAAAGGACUUGGGAAGGAAUCGGUUCUUAUGAUGAUGGCCUAUGCGAUCGAGAGCCUUGGGAUCCAUAUGUUCCGUGUUAAGAUUGGAGAAGCAAAUGGAUCAUCUCUUCAUCUUUUCCAAAAAUUGAGAUUUGAGCAAGUUUCACAUAGCGAAGUCUUCAAAGAGGUUACACUAGAAUUACCGGUCACCGAGAUGAGGCGGAAGGAGUUGCUGUCUUCAGUGGGUAAUGUAGUUAGGCAUACAUAUAACAGUUCAUGACAACUGACCGUUGAUCAUGCUGAACUCUUUGGUAAUUCUAGUUUGAGCAUGAGAUUUCCGAGUAACGAAAACAUGACGCACUAGUCGAUUCAUUGAAACUAUAUAUUUAACUGAGUCAAUAUAUAUCUUUCUUGAUCAUCUCCCUGCUUCUCUUUUGAAAGGAGAUGUAGUGUACCUUGAAAACCAUCAAGCUCCAGUUUCAGGACAUGUUGUGCAAUGGUAGUAGGGCUGUUUUUAAGAGCGGAUUGUUACGUUGAAGCUAGAUGGAGCUAUGGCUAUUACAGAUCUGUAAGGGGCUUAUUGGUCCUGGAUUUUGGUGGUGGGUAAGCAAAAUGACUGAACAGAGGUGAAUCAGGAGACAUGCCCUAAGAAAAGUGAACACUUGUCAAUUCUUGAGAAGGAGAUAAAAGUAAUCAGAGGGUAGACAUAACUUGAUCAUGACAGAUUUUACAAUCUAAACCCCUUCCUUCCUCUGUGGGC